CGCCGUAUGGUAUUUUUUAGUGUUUUAAGGGCAGCAGAAAAGCAAGACGAAUCCAAACAUAAAUAAGCGAAUAAAAACAUAAACUGCGGAUCAGGAUGGACAAACUAACGACAAUUAGUGCAACGCUUUUCAUGGCAGCCGAUGUGUUCGCGAUUGUGAGUCUGGCACUGCCGGAUUGGAUCAUCACAGAGUCGGGAACGGGUGACAUCCGAUUGGGACUGAUGUGGACCUGCAUGACGCUAUAUAACCGACCCCAGGUGUGCUACACGCCCGAACUGCAACCGGAAUGGCUGAUUGCACUGAUCUGCAUCUUUGUGGGCUGCAUCUGCGUGACCACCACCGUGAUCCUGCUGGCAUCGUCCUCCUGCAACCGGAAUGUGAUUCCCUACGCCCGCUGGGUGGGAUUCACGGCCAUGGUGCUGUUCUGCAUGGCGGCCGUCGUCUUCCCGCUGGGAUUCCACGUAGAGGAGAUCGGCGGACAGGCCUACCAGCUGCCAAACACAUUUAAGAUUGGCAUUUCCUAUAUCAUGUUCGUCCUGGCCCUGUGGAUCACCGUCGUUUCCGAGCUCUUUGCCGGCAAGGUCUGCCUGCCGCACUUCUAGAGACGUGACCACGGCAUCGCUAGAUUCCUGAUUUCAUUUGCAGUUUGUUCUGUGAUUUGUUAUACCUUUUGUUUUUCCUUGAUCGUCUUAGCUCUCCGUUAGUUGAACUCUGUAUCUUAGUUAUAACUUUUAAUUUAUAAUAAGCUGGAAACUCGAAUCUGAACUACUUGAAUAAGCACUAAUCCUAGUGAACCGAUAGUGUAUCCAAUACUUUGUUUACUUUUAAACCUGAUUUUAUCCGAACAGGGAUAAUCCUUAGAUCAUAUUUAAGAAACAAGAGUAGCUUUAAGACCAUUUAGUUAGAACAAUUUUGUUAUUCGAAUACACACUUGGUAUUUAAACUGA